UCAGCAUGCUGCUCUUACCGGCACUGGUCCUGCUCUCUGAUAUCCUCUGUGGUGCCUCUGCGGGGGAAGUCGCUCCCAAGUAUGAGCAUACAGACCAUCUCACUGGGAAAACCCUCCUCUGCGACAAGUGUCCACCAGGCACUCACAUGACGGCUCACUGCACCACCACCAAAUCCACCCAAUGCAAGCAGUGCAGGGAAAACCACUAUACCGAGCUGUGGAACUACCUGCCCCGGUGUCUCUACUGUAACAACCUCUGCUUGGGGAACAUGGAGGUGGAGAAAGAGUGCUCAGCGGUGAGCAACAGGGUCUGUCGGUGCAAAGAGGGCUUCUACUGGACAAAUGACUUCUGUAUGAGACACUUGGAAUGCGGGCCCGGAUACGGCGUUCAAACGAAAGGUACAUCUCAGAAUAACACUGUCUGCGAAACGUGUUCCGAUGGCUACUUCUCCAAUUCGUCCUCCGCGCUGGAGCCAUGCGUAAAACAGCAGGAAUGCGCACACGGGCAGAUUGUGCUCCUCCCCAGCACAAUUUACCAAGACACAGUGUGUGGCUCUUGCCAGGAUCUUGCAAAUGGAGGUGAGACACUCCGGGCAAUCUCCUCAAAAUGCUUUAGUAUGCACAGGAUGCGUGUGGGAAAACUGAGGAAAUUUGUCAGCAGGUACAUACAUAAGUCUGGAGAGGAGGGGUGCAACACUGGCAGUCUGUCUAGAGGUCCUCUCCUGGAUGAGAUCAAAGAGUGGCUGAAGCAGGCUCCAGCAGAGACGGUGAAAAACCUGCCGGAGAUGCUGAAGGCUGUACAGUGCAACUCCAUGGCAGAAAAGCUGGAGAAGAGUCUUAAGGAGAUUGAGCAAACAACAAAUUGUAGUUUAUCUCUCUGACAUACUCAAACGACUGUCAGAGUCCAUGGGAGUAAAACUUAUACAGUACCUCUUUGUCUGGAAUAAGCAAUUUUUGUUUCCAUUUGAAAACAAGUAUUUUAAUAUAUUUUUCAUUUGCCCGUUAACUAACAGAACAUGCAUUACCUCAAAGAUUGUCAUCAUAGAAAAUAUUACUUAUUUACACAUGAGAUGUUGUAAUGAACAUUCUUACAGGUUUGUGAUGGAUGUUUUCCUUUCAGAAAGGCUUCUCUAUAACAAGUGAAUGUGCGUUAUCCUAAUGUUUUGAAAAUAAAUUAGUUUACAUAGAUAGAUCAAGUCGAUACACUGUUUUGUUUUGUUAUAUAUUUGAUAUGAAAAUGAAUUACUUAAUAGAUAAUAAAGAUAAUAAAUUAAUAUUUUUUUCUGGAAAUGUAUGGAAUUCUGUAAAAAUCUUUGAUAUUAAACUGUAAACUUG